AGAGCUCGUUCCAUUUGGUCUGAUCUCUCUCUCUCUCUCACACACACACAGGUUCAAUUUAGGAAUGGACAGGGAGGAAUUGACUGAGCAAGAAACCGCAUUGUAUGAUCGCCAAAUUAGGGUUUGGGGCGUCGAUGCUCAACGACGGCUGAGCAAAUCUCACAUACUAGUUAGUGGUCUUAAAGGCACUGUUGUUGAGUUUUGCAAGAACGUUGUCCUAGCAGGAGUAGGUAGUUUGACUUUAAAUGAUGACCGCCCAGUGACCGAUGAACUGCUGUCAGCAAAUUUUUUGGUUCCUCCCGAUGAGAAUAUGUAUGGUGGGAAAUCCGUCGCUGAGCUUUGUUGUGAUUCUUUGAAAGAUUUCAAUCCUAUGGUUCGUGUUGCUGUUCAAAAAGGUGAUGUCUCAAGCUUUGAUGUAGACUUCUUUGACAAAUUCGAUGUUGUAGUUGUCAGUUGUUGCUCCCUGACUACAAAAAAAUUGGUUAAUGAGAAAUGCCGCAAGUUGUCAAAGCGUGUUGCAUUUUAUACAGUAGACUGUAGAGACUCCUGUGGUGAAAUAUUUGUUGAUUUACAGGAUUAUAUUUAUUCUAAGAAAAAACUUGAAGAAACAAUUGAAUGCAUACUACUGUAUCCCAGUUUUGAGGAUGCAAUUGCAAUGCCAUGGAGAUCUCUUCCUAAGAGGGUGUCAAAGCUUUACUUUGCUAUGAGAGUGAUAGAAAGGUUCGAAGAGGCUGAGGGGCGUAAACCUGGAGAAACCUCUACCGCAGACCUUCCUAAUGUCCUCAAGUUGAGGAAGGACCUUUGUGAGGCACAUUCACUGAGUGAGUCUCAGAUUCCUGAUUCCCUUUUAGAAAGAUUGUUGGCGGGUACAAGAGAAUUCCCUCCUGUUUGUGCCAUUGUUGGAGGAAUUCUUGGGCAGGAAGUUAUUAAAGUGAUAUCAGGCAAGGGAGAUCCCCUAAAAAAUUUCUUCUUUUUCGAUGCUAUGGAUGGGAAGGGUAUAAUAGAGGACAUAUCAAAGACCAGCAGCUGAGGCUAAGCGGAGGUGGUCAGAAUUUUAAAUUGCUUCUAGAAUUCAGGAGUUUAACUAGCGGGGUUGAAUAAUUACGACUCCCCUCCAGGAAAGUUUUGUUUCUAGGGAAGCCUAUCCUUUUUUAUGUGGAUUUCAUUGCAUGGAGGAUUAGGUUGACUAUAUUGGUUGGUGAUACUAUGUUAACAUUGUCAUGUGGUAUCAUUAUUAUAAUGAAUAUUUUCUCCCUGCUUUGGUCCUGUGUUUAUGUUUAAUGUGGUUUGAACUUUUGGCUGUGAUUAUGAGAAAUGUUCACAAAGUUGUUUCGUUCCCUCUUUCGAGAGUAUUUGGAAAUUGUUAAUGGAUGGAAAUUGUCAAAAG